AUGGUGUUUGCAGAGUUCAAAGCCCGGGAGAGGUGCAAGGAUUUGAUGUGUUCUUGGAUUUUGUUCAACCUAGAUAAGUCUAUUUCUAGAAGUGUUAUGUUUCUGAGAACAACAAGGGAAAUCUGGAUUGAUUUGGAGGAGAGGUAUGGAUACACUUCUCUAGCUCAGAUUUAUGCCUUAGAACAGAAAUUAGCUAAGAUAAGUCAAGAAAAUCAAUAUGUUUCUGAAUUUUUCACCAAAAUCAAGUUAGUUUGGGAUGCUAUUGAUGAAGCACAUCCAUUACCCUAUUGCACAUGUAAUAAUUGUACCUGCAAUUUAACUAAGAAGAUUUUUGAAAGACACCAGCAGAAAAUGGUUAUUCAGUUCAUGAUGAAACUAUCUGACAAAUUUGGUACUAUCAGAGGAAAUAUGUUGACGAUGUCUACUCUUCCUAAGGUCACUGAGGCAUACAAAAUGUUUGCUCAGGAGGAAAAACAUAGAGAGAUCUCUUAG